UGGGGCUGGGAGGGUGAAGGCGCCACUGUCCCGCCCGCAGGACGCCUCUGCCUGACCACGGAUUGGCGCGUUGAGGCCGGCGCGCGGCCUGGGAGGGGCCCAGGACAGUUCCAGCCGGAGACUCUGGAGGGAAGCGCGAACCUUCUGGACACGCUGUUCUGUGGAAGGAUCAGAUCUUCAGGCUUCCUGAACCUGACCUUCUAGCUCCAACUCCUCAUGUACUUGUCUUGGGGGAGCCUAUGCUAAUCAGGAGUGAAUUCCAGUUGAUCUACCAUGAACUGGAAGGUUCUCGAACACGUGCCCCUACUCCUGUAUAUCUUGGCAGCGAAAACAUUGAUUCUUUGCCUAGCAUUUGCUGGAGUGAAAAUAUACCAAAGGAAAAGGCUGGAAGCUAAACAGCAAGAACUGGAGGCUGAGAAGAAGAGGCAAUCAGAGAAGAAAGACAAGUAAAGGGAAAUCAGAGAUUUUGCAAUGUAAAUGUCAGCUUGAAUGGAUGGCAGCUGAGAAGGGAAGAAGGACUUAAUUAUUGGAUGACAUGUCAGAGGAUAAACUCCCAACCUAUACUUUUAACUUAAAAUAAUGUGACUUUUUAUAUGCUUUUUAAAAAAUACAGUAUUUUGUUUACUCAAAUAAAAUACCUUUGUA